AUGGCGAAUAUUCCGGUGAGGUUCCGGCGUGUGGCGGCGGCGUUCCACGAGAUGUCGAGGAUCCAAUCAUGGGAAAGCAGCGGCAGCGAGCACUCCGCCGAUCUCUCCGAUCUGGUGAACUCCUUCUUAGAGAGGGAAUUUAGUGACCGGAAAAUCGGGAGCGCGGAGGAGGAGGAGGAUGGCGACGAGGUUAAUGCCGGCGAACCUGAAAUCGACGGCCUUUGCAAAUCCAAGUGGGAGAAAAACGGGCGCAACCCGUCGGGAAGCUACGAGUACAUCGACGUCAACUCCGGCGGCGGCCGCUACAUAGUCGAGGUCAACCUCGCCGGAGAAUUCUCAAUCGCGCGGCAAACGAGCAGCUACGCCUCAGUCCUCGCAACUUUCCCUCCGAUUUUCGUCGGAAAACCCGAGGAACUGAAGAAGGUGGUGAGGAUAAUGUCCAAAGCCAUGAGAAAAUCCAUGAAGAAGGCGGAGAUGAGCGUGCCACCGUGGCGCCGCCUCAGUUACAUGCAGGCGAAGUGGUUCGGCUUCUACAGAAGGACCGCCAAUGAGGUUCCGACGAGGGGAUUCGGGGGUCCAGCGUGGCGGUGGCGGGAGAAUUGGGAAUUUGGCGGCGGCUUUUAA